AUGGCGGAUCUCACCCAGCCAAUUGUACCCGCACCAGACGACUAUGUGGUAGAUCUCGAGAACCCACAAAGACGAGGUGAACUCAUUAUCCUCUGGAUUGGAAUCGUGGGAACGGUUAUUUCCACGUUUCUGUUGGCUGUUCGAGCGUACACCAAAGUUGUAUUAGUUAAGAAACUGUCGUCUGACGACUAUUGCCUGCUCCUUGCCUGGGUCCUUGCCAUACCUGUACAGUCACUCAUCAUUUAUAGGGCACCCGCAGGUUUGAUCGGUGUACAUGCCUGGGAACUUACCGGUCAUCAACUGAACACUAUCGCAAAAAUAACGCUGACGACCACUGUGCUGUACUCGCCAGCUCUCGCCUUCGCAAAGUUGUCCUUCCUCUGUCUCUAUCUCAACUUGAGCCCCGCACGCAGCUUCCGCGCUGGAGUCAACUUCACCAUAUUCGUUGUCGUCGGAUCCUCUGUCAGCAUCGUCAUCUCUUUACUCGCAGCAUGCGAACCGUUUGCAAAGAACAUCGACGUGACCGUCACAGAAGGGCAAUGCUUGAACAAAGCGGCGUUGUACAUCGCUAAUGGGGUACUGAACAUCAUCACAGAUAUCAUGGUCAUCAUCCUACCUAUACCCAUGGUUUUGCGACUGCACAUGUCGAAGGAGCGGAAGAUCAUGGUGAUAGGUAUUUUCGGUGUUGGCUCGAUGUAA